AUGAUGAGUCUGUCACAAGUGGUUGGCCAGGAUCAAGACGAGAGGACCGAUCAGAGACAGGGGCAUAAUACGUACAAGGAUCGUCGUCAUAAAGGCGGAAAUGGAGCGCUGUCGAUGCAAUCACAAUUCUUUGACAACGAAGGGUUCCAGUCGAGUUUCUCAGCCUUGGAGGAAAAGAUUGUCAGUUUUGUUAGUGUCGAAACUAUUGCCUUCUGGUGCACGCCAUGGGAUAAAUCGAACUUUGGCAAGGGCGACCCAUGUACCCGAGCCCCAUUGAGGAAGGCCCCCGAUCUCACCUGCCUACGGUACAUGCAUGGCAUUUUUGACUUCCGUGGGGAUCUGCGACCAAGCAGCAGCAACUGGGGCCACGUCGAAGGGUUUGCUAGUAUUAUCAAUAUCAAACCGCCAGCAACGGUGGGAGCAAAAUUUAUGUCAACGAGGUCAACAACGAGUGGCCGACGGUUGGCUUGGGUCGCGUGCAUCCAGCAGCAGGAUUCAGGUGAGGACCACCCCGGACCCUGGUUCGCCAUGCCUCGUGUGCUGUUUCCUUGA